GAUGAUGAAGAUGUCAGGAAGAGUCACUGGUUGCUGUGUAGCUCUGUUCCUUGUCCUGACCUCUGUGUCGGCUGUACAAAGGAUCAAUUCGAUCAAUGCUUUGAAGAGAAUCAACUUUGGCCAAUCUGUGCCCAAGCACAGUCUUGUGCUGCUCCACUGGUUUGCCAGCGUAGUUCUCUUCAACAAUAACAACGUUAUCUGGCUGACCUUUGACCCAAACAAUGAGGAUUAUGGCUCACAUCAUUACGGCAACUUUGAGGAGUUGUUGGACCCACUGCCUUGGGGUUACCGGUACUACACUGUUGGCAAUCUCUAUCAAGACACACUCAUUCAACUUCCAUCUUAUGUUGUCCGUCCGCCCGAUCCAGAGUAUGUGGGAAGAAACAGAGACAGGAUCAUCAUUAGAGUCAGGGAGCAGAACACAAGACUGCGGAGUAUAGACCAAGUGUAUAUCACACAGCAUUACGAGCCUUCUGAAAAUCAGGGGACACCUUAUGAUCCAGCUCACACCUACCAGAUCACUACUAACCUCUUGAGACAGAUCAGAGAGUUUUCUGUGGGAGAAAACCGACAGACACUGACUCGCCUCAGAAACCGCUUUAGAAGUCACGCUGAUGAGUUUCACAUCAGAAACACAUGGCGUCACCUUGCUUGCCUGGGACUGUUUUUGUUUAUUGUGAUCAAGGAAAAGAACUCCUUUAAGCAAGACAACGACAGACAGGAAAACGGCAGCAGACCCCAAAACAACAGACCGGAAAACAACAACAGACCGGAAAACAACAACAGACCGGAAAACAACAACAGACCGGAAAACAACAACAGAUCGGAAAACAACGACAGACAGGAAAACAGACAUAAUCAUUGCAAACGUCGCCGUUUUAUCUAUUUAACUUUAGCUUUCAUAAUUACUUUAUUGUACACAUUCUUUGCUAUAUAUUUUAGAUGAGACAGCAGUAUCCCUAGAUUUAGAUUUUAGAAGUAUGAUGAGGAAUAUGAAGCCAGCAGGACUCAAAAGUGGAUUGGGAUCAGUGAAUUAGGCAGUUACAUAUGGAGCCAUGACAGUGACUUAACAUUUAGCAUUGGAAACAGAACCUGAAAAAAACA